AGGCCUCCUCCUCCUCCUCCUCCUCCUCCGGCUCCGCCUCCCUCAGCAGCGCACCCGGGCAGGGCCCAACACACGCGGGGCCCGAAAGUGGUGACAAUCGUAACCACUGUCUCUGAGGAGCAGGGGGCCCCGCCACAAAAGGUCUCCCAGGAGCCGGGGAGGGUGCCCGGGUGGCCGCCGAGGUGGUGUUUAACAUUUGGGACAGGCCGUCCUCAAAGCGAGGGGCUGCCCGCGAGGACGGCGCUGUCCUGGGACCGAGCGCCCCGUGCCACGGCUGCCGUGUGCGGAGAGGACCGACCGAGGCUGAAGGCCCGGUGUUUCGGUCUUGAACCUUUUGCAGUCCAUGUAGAUGAACGCUUGGAAAAUGGCACGGAGAUAGAAACACUGGUGGCGAUGGCUUGCGUGCGGGGCGGUACUGGUGGCGAUGGCUUGUCACUAGCGAUCACUUGUCUGCGAGUGUUUCCCCCGUUCGUGCCGUGCUGCAGUGCUCCUGCCACUCGUCGGUACAACUCCUACGUCUUCCGCUGUUUCCAGUUUCACAGAGGACUUCGCAAGCUGGUGUUCAGCCCCAAACCACAUACUCUUUGUUUUUUAACUACCUUUUCUCGCGCUGCGGCUCCUGUGAUAAUACGAUGUUGGCAAAGAUCUCUCCCGCCGUCGUGCCGCCACGCUGCCUUGCAGGAUCGGGGCCUAUUAUAGCCAACGGGAGAGAAACAGGGACGCUGACCAUGUACUAAAGGGGAAAUGGCAGUCAAACUACUAAAUAACAAAGUCUGACAACAUCACGAUGAAUUUGGAAGGCGGCUGAGAUGUUUCUGCAAGAAAACCUUCCAGUAAUAUAAUGCCCGAGCCUUGUUCAAUAGGGCUGUGGAUGAUUUGGCUGCGCUGCAGUAAAUACUCUCGGGCUUUCAAAAAUAUUUUCUUCAAUAUUUGUAAAUCAAGCAUAAUCUGAACUCUCAAGCUUUUAGGCCUGGGAUUUGCACGGAGGAUGCCAGCUUAAUUAUGGCUAUUGGAUUUGGCCUGAGACAGGGACAUAUUUAAAAAAAAAAAAUGUAGCUAUAGGUUAAAAAGAGUGUGUGCUUUAAGUGCAUCAAAAGCCUUUCUGAACACGCUUACAACGAGCACGCUAUGAACUACGAGCAGCUGUGCUUGUUUCGAAAGAGGAACCAUUUGCCAGCAGCAGAGCGGUGUGUGGGGACUGUUUUGAUUGUAACUCAAGAAAUACCAGCUGUCGAAAGCAGAGGCCGAGUGUCUCUCCUGAGAGUGUGACCCACGCCCCGCACUGAUUCCUGUUAGGGACUGAACUGGCUGCUAGGCAACUCUGUGACUCUCCCAUUCAGCGAUAGUCCAACAGCCUUUGAUUUGUUUCUAAAUCUCAUGCAGAUCAAUGAGACAGGAUGAAGUUAACAGACCCGUGUCUGAGUUCUGAAGGAGCUGAAGUUAUUUUAGCCACAUCAAGCGAUGAAAAAUAUCCCCCUGAAAACAUCAUUGAUGGAAAUUCAGAAACGUUUUGGACGACAACAGGAAUGUUUCCUCAGGAAUUCAUUAUCAGUUUCCAUAAAUGUGUAAGAUUCAGCAAACUCACAAUUCUAUGUUACUUAGUGCAGACUAUAAGGAUUGAAAAAAGCUUAUCUAUGGAUCCAGUAGAUUUUGAGAAGUGCGUUGAAAAAGAUCUUCAUUAUUCAGAAGGGGAGCUUCAAACGGAAGAAUUUUCAUUUCCUGAUUGCCAAGCUACCUACUUGCGAUUCAUCAUCAAAUCGGGCUUUGAUCACUUUGUGUCUGUGCAUAGGGUGAUGGUAGAUGGCAUGGCAGAAGACAUGUAAACCCCAGUUUACAUCAUUACCUGAAAACAUGUUGUGUAAUAACCUGUGUAUUCCUACUUGUAGCAUAAAGAAUAUUUAUUAUUAAAUCAUUACACUAAAAAGGAUGCUGAGAAUAUGGAUUGUUUUUUUUCCUAGCAGUUUAAUGUG